CCAGGCGGCGGCGGCGACGACGACAAAAUGGCGGCAACGGCAGCCGGUCAGAGUCUGGGAGCCGAUCAAACCCCGGUGGCGGGUCAGUCCCCCGGUCAAUGUCUAACGCCUGUCUUGUUGGCGCUUGCUGCUCUCUUGCUGACCCGCUACCUCCUGAAGCGCAGGACCCGGGUUCGGCACAGGCUGCCCCCCGGCCCGCCCUGCUGGCCCCUGAUCGGCACGCUGCCCUCCUGGAGAACCGGUUCCGGGGCUCAACUCCCGCCGCACCUGCAGUUCACCGCCCUGGGCAAGGCGUAUGGCGACAUUUGCAGCCUGCACCUGGGCAGUCGGCUCCUGGUCGUCCUCAGCGGCUUCCAGAUGGUUAGAGAUGCGCUACAGCGCAACGCCGAGGUGUUCUCCGACAGACCCACCAUCCCUCUGAUCACCAUCAUAACCCAGCGCAAAGGGAUAGUCUUUGCACCAUAUGGUGUGGUCUGGAAGCAACAAAGAAAAUUUUCCCUCUCGACACUGAGACACUUUGGUUUCGGGAAACUUGAUCUAGAGCCUAAAAUCAUAGAGGAACUGCAGUUUGUGAAGUUGGAGUUUUCCAAAGCAGUGGGAACAGCCUUCUCUCCUUUUCAUGUCAUUAAUAAUGCUGUGUCUAACAUCAUUUGCUCAAUGUGUUUUGGGAAACGGUUUGAUUAUGAAGAUGAGGAAUUUAGAACCAUGUUGAGUUUGAUUGUCCGAGGGAUGAAAUUAGCAUCAAACAGCCCUGCAAUGCUCAUCAAUAUAAUUCCUUUACUUCAGUAUUUACCCUUUGGGCCUUUCAAGGAGGUUGCCCAAACAGUAAAAGAUGUAACUGCGUUCCUGAAAAACAUUAUUGCUCAGCACCGAAAGACUAUGGACCCUGAAAACCCACGUGAUUUUGUUGAUUUUUACCUGAAAGAAGUAGACUAUGAAAUACAAAGAAACCAAAAUACAAGCUUCAGUGAAGAUUAUUUAUUUUAUAUAAUUGGGGAUCUCUUUGUAGCAGGGACAGACACGACAUCCAACACUGUGUUGUGGGCUAUUCUCUUUAUGGCUGCACAUCCGGAAAUUCAAGAAAAGGUUCAAAGAGAGAUCAGCAUUGUUGUUGGUGAGUCUAGACCACCUUCUCUCAAAGACAAACUUCAUAUGCCCUUCACAGAAGCAACAAUAAUGGAAAUUCAGCGGAUGACCACGGUGGUUCCACUUGCCAUUCCACAUAUGGCAUCAGAAACUGUUGACUUUAAAGAUUAUACUAUACCCAAGGGAAGUAUAGUGGUUGCAAAUCUGUGGUCAGUGCAUAGAGAUCCAAGCAUGUGGGAACAUCCUGAUGAAUUUAAUCCUUCUCGCUUCUUGGAUGCAGAUGGAAAUAUUGUGAAAAAUGAAGCAUUUAUGCCAUUUGGAAUAGGAAAACGGAUCUGUAUGGGAGAGCAGAUGGCAAAGAUGGAACUCUUCCUGAUCUUCAGCACCCUCCUACAAUCAUUCUGCUUCAGACUUCCUGAAGGCAGUGAUGUACCAAAUAUGAUCGGCCAGUUUGGCCUAACACUGUCUCCAGAUCCUUUUAAAAUCAUUCCUGUCAAGCGAUAAACUACUUGUUGAAAUGAGUCACCGUCUUCAAGGUUUAGAAUCUGCAAUACAGACAAGGAAGUCUCUAUCUUUUUAUCCUCCCUCAAUAUUAUAUCCAUUAGAACUCACUAACAAUCCAUACUAUGUUGACUGUUUAUUUUGCCUAAGAUGCCAAUUUCUAACUUGCCUCCUUUAUUUGUGGUGCAAUAUUGAUAACUCAGAUGUGUCGCCUAUGGUGUUACUUUGCUGCUGCUUUCAAUUAGCAGAAAAGCUAAAAUCAGUUCCAAACUCACUCCUUGAUAGAAUAUUUAUUAUUCCUGUACAGAAUAUGAUCAAAUACUUGAAAAUUUCCUAUUUUCUUUGUCAUCCUGGAUUUGACAUCAGUACUUAAGACACUUAAGAUUAUUUUAUUUUAUGUAUUUCACUUUUAAAGACUGUCUACUAUUUACAAUGAACAUGUGGAACAAGCAGUGCAAACAAUUUAAUGGAAAUACAGCUUUUAUACCUUUGUGAA